CACACUUCGUGAGCUUCCUAAGACCUCAGGCCUCUGCUGGGGACGCCACCAUGCUCAGGCUGGUGAGAUGUGUGGUGGCGUGCUGCCGCUGGGAGAGCUGCGACCCUGUACAGGAGCAGUCAGGAUCGUCCCCAGUUGACAGCAGUUUGCAAAGUCGACAGGAAGUGGUGUCAAGCUCCUCUGCUGAUUGUGCCGAAAUGGUUGAGUCCUUCUGCUUCAGUGUUGUUGAAAGGUGCAGGUCUCUGAGAGAUAGGCCUGAACGUACUGCCCAUGAGGAAGGAAGUGGACUGUCUCAGGAGUUGACAACCUUGCAAGUGGUGAGCAUCUCUGAUGAUAUUCUUAGCACUGAACAAUCAGUUCUGGAAACCGAAAUCCUAAUUGGUUGUGUUAGUAAUACAUGGGAUGGUUUUGUCUAUAUAAGUGAAACAAUCUACUUCUCCCUAGACAUCAUUUCUGAAGGUUUUGUGCCUUAUAAGGGAGACUGGUUAGAAGUUGAGUAUUCCAUGGAACCAUGCACCUCAAACAUCAGAGCUCACUCAGCAAAGCCGAUGAACUGUAAUCAUAUCAAAGAGCUCUGUAUUACCAGUAUGCAUGGAAGCCAUGGAGUGAUAGCUAAUAGUAUAUUUUUCACUUUGAAUUCCCUGCUAUGUCCUGAGGGAUAUGUGCCUGAAAUCCAUGAUGUGGUCAAUGUGGACAUCUUAAGGAGUCAUCAGGGGUGCUAUCUUUGGAGAGCAGUUUCUAUCACCCCAGUGCAAAUUGUGGCAUUUUAACAUAUUUUUCCCUGUCCUUCUUUAUUUCUAAGGUCAAUUAAGGGCCUGAUUCAGUUGCAACUUUCAGUGUGGUUAUCAGAAAAAGUAUUUUAAGUAUAGCUUCUAUGCUACAACCAUCUGAAAUACUGGCAGAUUCACGGGAUACCACCAAUCAGAUGUAAGGCAGGGCAUCAGUUGUGCAGCAAACCAAAAUUGGGGCAUUAUACUAGGAAAACGGGUUGGAAAACUGCAGUUAAUUCU